UCUCUCUCUCUCUUCUCCCCUUUCUCUCUCCUUUGUUUCUCUCUCCUCCCUGGAACUCUCCGACGAAGAACGAAGAGAAGGGGAGAAGGGAAGGCAAAUUCGAAAAUAAGUUAGGAAUUUCUGCAUUUAAUUGGGGGAUUAAUCGAGAAAAUUCAAGGGAGAAGAAGAUUCUGAUGGGUAAGCUUCUCUGCGACUCGUCGGCGGUGGCGGAGACGCUGCCGAUGCACGCGCCGGCCGUCGCUUGGAGGGAACCGAAUGGGGAGGGGACGGACCCUAUUGGAGUAGCCGUUGAUCCGGCCGGGGACGGGGGCGUGACGCUGUGGGAGGACGUCGCCGGGCUCGAGGACCAGCAGCGGAAGUGCCUCCAGCGGCUGCAGUCGAAGGGCGUCCUGUGGCGGCACCCCCGGGACAAGGACGCGCCGCCGGUGGUGUUCCACCUGUCGCACGGGGGGGAUGUCUCUUCCGACGGAAACUGCCUGUUCACUGCGUCGGGUAAGGCGAUGGGCGGCGCGGCGCGUGGGGCCAACGCGCGGGAGCUCAGGCGGCGGACGGUUCAGAGGUUCACGGUGGACAUCGGAUCUGCGAGCCCCGAGGAGCGGGAGUUGGUGGAGGAGGCGAUUAGGCACAUGUACUCCCCGGAUCUGAAGAUCGGGUGGGGAGUCCAUGUCGUUCAGGAGGUCAAGCUCUUGGCCAAGAAAUCGGAUCGGAUCGGGCUGGACUCCGCCAUCGACGAGCUCGUUCAGCUCGGCAUGCAGAGAGAAAUGGCGGCGGAAUCGAUUUACAAAGAGAGAUGCAUUCCCGUGAACGAUGGCCCGAGCUGGGCCAAGUACAUGUCCAUCUCCGGUUCACCUGACGAUGAGCAUGAUAUAAUCACCUUGCAGUAUACCGAAGAGGGCCUGCUAUCUGUAGACGAGAACCGAGCAGGGCAUGCCGCUGCCUUUGGAGACGAUAUUGCGAUCGAGUGCCUGGCCACCGAGUUUAAGCGCGAGAUCUUUGUGGUGCAAGCACAUGGAUCCGAUGCGAUGGUCGACGAAGAAAAUUGCUUAUUCUUCCUCCCUCAUCGUCCCCGAGCCGAAAUAUGUGAACCCCCAUUCUUCCUCUUCAUGAAAGGAACAGGAUGGUGCGGAGCUGGAGCAGAUCACUACGAGCCCUUAAUCGCUCAUCCUUCUUCCCUUGUAUCCCCGGAGAAAGUUGCUGCAGUACUCUGAGGCCUCUCGGCAUUUUUGAGGCAUAGAGAAUUAGAAGGAAGUAGAGAAGAGCCCAUUCUUUUUCCCCUCCAUUACAUUUCAAGUCCGAUUCGUAGCUCUCCUUUCCAAUUCUUACAUCCAGUCUCGAGGAGAAUCUCAUUGCGAAGCAGCCAUUGUUUUUGGUCCGUACCGAGUAGCAGAUUUUAGAGCCGAAUUUUACUUCAAUUAGCUUGUCUGCACCAGAGCAGCCAAGAUUCUAUAGUUCUUGCGAGUGUAAUGGUAUCUUUCCCCCUUACCGGCUAUUCAAUAUCGUGAUUGAGUUUUCCGUAGCUAGAUUAGUCAGUUCACACCCCCCACUGCCCCGCCCUCUCCUGGUACCUCAUAAUGUCUUGAAUCUUCGAUUAUUCAAUGAUGGAAGAAAGAGUUUUCUGAUCAA